CCCUGAGGGCUCUUCUCCGACGGUCUCGUCACUUGCCGCCUCAGAUCUGUAAGAAGGAAUGAAGACGGCGCUGAAUCAUGGCGCCUAGAUCCGCGCAUCAAGCCUGAGUUCUCCUUCCAUCACGCUAUGUCAAACUGGGCACUAAGGCUCACGUUUUGCACGGCCGCCCCCGUAUUUGAAUGAAAGCAUAGAAUGGGUUUCCGGAGCAUGUCGUCCCUCGGAGUGACCGUCGGGAACGGUCUGCCGCACAGUAGCAGCGCAUCAAACAUGGCUGAGGCUGGCACGCAGACACCCCCGGGGGCAGGGCAUUCAGCGGCCACGGCGAUGAAGAAGAGUCGCAGUAGCCCCCAUAUUGCAAGAAUGCCGCCUGGCGCGGCGAGGACUGGGCCCUGUAGCGAGAAGAUUGAAGAGUACUGUCGUGCAAUGGGGGGAGACCGGCCAAUACACAGUGUGCUCAUCGCAAACAAUGGGAUUGCAGCGGUGAAGUUCAUACGGAGCGUUAGGACAUGGGCGUACGAGACAUUCUCUGAGGAGCGCGCCAUUUUGCUGGUGGCGAUGGCCACCCCGGAGGACCUGCGCGUGAACGCGGAGCACAUCCGCAUGGCAGACCAGUUUGUGGAGGUGCCGGGGGGGACCAACAACAACAACUACGCCAACGUGCAGCUCAUCUUGGAGGUUGCUGAGAGGACUGGGGUGGACGCAGUCUGGCCUGGCUGGGGCCACGCUUCCGAGAACCCCGAUCUUCCUGAAGCGCUCGCUCGCACCCCGCGCAAGAUUGUGUUCCUGGGGCCCCACAGCAAUGCGAUGGCACUCCUGGGGGACAAGAUUGGGUCGACGAUCAUUGCGCAGGCGGCGGGGGUUCCCACCGUUUCGUGGAGUGGCUCUGAGGUCCGCCUGCCAAUGGAAUUGUGCCGCGAGCCGAUCCCGGAGGCUGUCUACCAGCGGGCGUGCGUGCAGACUCCUGAGGAGGCAAUGACGGUGUGCCAAAGGAUUGGCUACCCCGCCAUGAUUAAAGCGUCCUGGGGAGGCGGCGGGAAAGGCAUCCGGAAAGUGCACAACGACGAGGAGGUGACGGGCCUGUUCAAGCAGGUGGUUGGCGAAGUCCCCGGCUCGCCGGUGUUUAUCAUGAAGCUGGCCGCGCAGAGCCGCCACCUGGAGGUGCAGCUGCUUUGCGACGGCCACGGCAAUGUCGCCGCGCUGCACUCGCGGGACUGCUCCGUGCAGAGGCGCCACCAAAAGAUUAUCGAGGAAGGCCCCAUCACUGCUGCGUCCGCAGAAACCGUCCGGAAACUCGAGGACGGCGCCUGCCGAUUAGCGCGUGCCGUUGGCUAUGUCGGGGCCGCAACGGUAGAGUACCUCUACACUGAAGCAGACGGCGCGUUCUACUUUCUCGAGCUGAACCCCCGGUUGCAAGUGGAGCAUCCAGUGACGGAAUGGAUCGCCGGAAUCAACCUGCCGUCAGCACAGUUGAACGUGGGCAUGGGGAUCCCCCUCUGGAAGCUCCCAGAGGUGCGCCGGCUUUUCGGUCAGCUGGGCGGCGGCAAUCACGACACGUGGCAGGCUGUCGCAAGCGUGGCGCAGCCGUUCGACUUCGAGACAACGCCGAAGGUGAAGCCACGUGGCCAUGUAGUAGCCGUCCGUGUCACGAGCGAGGACCCAGAGGACGGCUUCAAACCCACAAGCGGCAGAAUCCAGGAGCUCAGCUUUAAGGGGCGGCCAGACGUCUGGGCCUACUUCUCGGUCAAGUCGGGAGGCGGCAUCCACGAGUUUUCUGACUCCCAGUUCGGCCACCUGUUUGCGUUUGGAGAGAGCCGCGCAGCUGCUUGCGCGAGCAUGGUGCUCGCGCUCAAGGAGGUCAUCAUCCGGGGGGAGAUCCGGACAAACGUUGACUACGCAGUUGAUCUAAUCCAGAGCAAAGAGUACCAGGAGAACCGCAUCCACACAGGCUGGCUGGACAGCCGCAUCGCGAUGCGGGUCCGUGUGGAGCGUCCGAAGUGGCACAUCUCCGUCCUAACAGGCGCCUUGUAUAGAAGCACCAUGCUCGUCGCAGCCCGCGUCUCGGAGUUCAUCGGCUACCUGGAAAAGGGGCAGAUCCCGCCGAAGGAGAUUUCGCUGGUCAACUUCGACGUGUCACUCAAUAUCGAGGGCGUCAAGUACCACGUCGCCGUCACCAAGAAGGGCCCCCACAGCUACCGCCUCCAGCUAAACGCGUCCCAGGUGGACGGGGAGGUGCAUACGCUACGGGACGGGGGGCUGCUUAUGCAGUUCGACGGGAACAGCCACGUGGUGUACGCGGAGGAGGAGGCCAACGGGACGCGGCUGCUUAUCGACGGCCGGACGUGCCUGCUGCAGAACGAUCACGACCCGUCUCGCCUGGUGGCCGAAACGCCCUUCAAGCUCCUCCGCUUUCUCGUCGACGACUCGCACCACGUGUCCGCCGACCAGGCCUACGCGGAAGUCGAAGUCAUGAAGAUGUGCAUGCCGCUGCUGACGCCCGCCGCUGGCGUCAUCCACUUCCGUACGUCCGAAGGCUCGGCCGUCCGCGCCGGGGACCUGAUCGCCGCCCUCGAUCUGGACGAUCCGACGGCCGUCAAACGCGCGGUGCCGUUUGAGGGAUCCCUCCCCGAGCUCGCGACGCCGACACCUGUCACCGCGCGGGCGCACCAGCACUUCGCGGCGGCCGUCGAAGGUGCGCGCAUGAUAUUGGCGGGGUACGAUCACGACAUCGAUACGGUGGUCGAAACGUUGCUGUCUUGUCUCGACGACCCGCACCUGCCGCUUCUACAGUGGCAGGAAACGAUGGCCGUGCUUUCUGCGCGGCUCCCGAAGGAGCUGCGGAAUCAGCUGGAUACGAUCUGGCGCGAUUUCCGGCUCGCCGAGGCGCUUGCGGUGGAGGACGCGUCGUUCGAGUUCCCGGCGUCCUACUUCCGGGAGACGCUCGAGGAAUACGUGGCAUCCGUAUCAAUGAAGGAGCAGCCGUUGCUGCGGGAGCUGGUAGUCCCUCUGGUUAAAUUGGCUCGCAGCUACGAGGGCGGCCGCGAAGGCCAUGCGCGUGCCACCGUGGGAGAGCUCUUCGACGAGUACCUGCGGGUGGAGCAGCUGUUCAGCGACCAGGCACAGGCUGACGUCAUCGAGGGCCUGCGCGUGCGCCACAAGAAGCACCUGGAGCGCGUGGUGGACGUCGUCCUGUCGCACCAGGGCGUGCGCCGCAAGAACGCACUCCUGCUGCGCCUCAUGGGCUCGCUUGUCCUGCCCGCGCCUGGCGCCUACGCCACAUGGCUGCACCGUCUCGCCGCUCUCAGCCAUGCCAGCCAGGCCGAGGUGGCGGCCCGCAGCAACCAGCUGCUCGAGACCACGCAGCUGUCCGAGCUCCAGGCGCACAUCGCUCGGACGCUGUCCGAACUCGACAUGUUUGCCGCGGACGCAACGGACAGCCCGCGCCGGUUGUCCAAGCGUGGGGCGCGGCUGGAGGAGCGGAUGAAUGAGCUCGCGGGCGCGCCGCUACCAAUCGAAGAUGCGUUGGCCGCGCUGUUUGACCAUGCGGACCGAGCACUGCUGAGCCGAGUGAUCGAGACGUAUGUGCGGAGGCUGUACCAGCCGUACCUGGUGCACAACUCCAUCCAGUUAAAGUGGGACGGCCCCGCCCUCGGCCGCCGCCCCCGCGCCACGUGGCGCUUCCUCGACAUUGCCACGUCAGCAGCGGAUUGCAAACCGCGAUGGGGGGCCAUGGUCGUACUGCCGAGUUUGAGGCUGUUGGCCCCCUAUGUCCGGGCGGUUCUGGCGGACAUACGGACGGAAACGGAAGGCGGGCGCGGAAACGUGCUGCACUUAGUUCUGCUGGCGGCCAAUGAGUCGCUGAGCACGAGCAUGGACAGCGGGGACGAAGAAGCCGCGCAGGCGCGUGUUGCCAAGCUGACGUCAGCGCUCUCGGGGAGUGACCUCAGCCGGGCCCUUCUCCAAGCGGGCGUCGGCACCGUGAGCUGCAUUCUACAGCGGGAUGAGGGGCGCUCCCCAGCGCGCCAUCUGCUGACGUGGCAGGGGGCUGAUUCACACUUCCGCGAACAACCCCUGCUGCGGCACGUGGAGCCGCUGCUGUCGGACCUCCUGGAGCUGGAAAAGAUCCCUAGCCAGUCUCCAGUCCAGUAUGCAGCGUCCCGAGACCGACAGUGGCACAUUUACACCACCGUCGAGAAGCCCAACAUCCGGCGGAUGUUCCUCCGGUCACUCGUCCGGCAGUUCUUCCUCACGGCCCCGUUCUCCACCCCAACCCGCCCGGAACCCGCCCCUAACCACCCCGGCUACAUUAACCAAAUCGACCGGAACCUGUCCGGUACUUUCAGCGACUCCGAAUCGCCCGCGUACGGGGAAGUGGGCGCUGAGCCCCGGGAUCGCUUUUUGGAUACCGGGUUUCGAUCGCCUCAGGGGGGUGCUUUCUUCAGCCCUUCGGACCCCCCGGACGCAGUUACGGCGGCGUGCGAGGCGUUGGUUCGGUCGAUGAAGGGGGCGCUGGAGGAACUAGAAGUGGCGACGAAUGAGCAGAAAGGCGACCACGUUCACUUGUACAUGUCCGUUCUGCAAGAGGUAGAGAUGCCACGUGUCAGUAGUAACUCAGAAGCGGAGUUUAGUGGGAGGGAGAGCGUGCUUGCCGAAAGUGAUCAUGGCGACAGCAGAAGCAACCCAGCGGAAGGUGUAGAAAGUUCCUUGAGAGAAUCGCAGGAAGCUUCACAAGAAAACCAUUCACGGGGUACUGAGAACGGUAGGUUAGGAGAAGCGCCUAGUGCUUUUGUGGAGAGUAGGACCGACAGCAAUUCCGAGACCAACUUUAGAACCCCGCCUGCUGUUAGGGUAGAUGUCGAAGGUAUCGGAAACCGUCGAAAGCGACACGUGGCAGCCAUCGGUGUACAAAGCGCUGCAACGGGCACAUUGCCGGCAGCCGAGUCGGAUGACGAAAACACGGUCAACCUUCUGCAACGAAUUGUAAAGCGGGUUAACGCUAGGUUAGGCAAACGGCUGUACAAACAGGGGAUCGCGAUCUGGGAGUUCAGGAUAGCGGUCCGAGGGGGUCAAUCGACGGCUGCCACGUGGCGCGUCGUUGUCGAGAGCCCCUGCAUCCAGGGUGACGUCAUCCAAGUGUACAGAGAAGCUUUCGUGGAUGGCAGGCGGGUUUACCAAACCCCGGAGGGUUUCCCCAGCGGUAGCCUCGACGGAAUUCCUGUCAGCGCCCAGUACGGGCCCCUGGGAAGUCUAGAGAAACGGCGGCUCGCAGCGCGGCGGGCAGGGACCACGUUCUGUUUUGACUUCCCCCUCGUCUUCUCCACCGCGCUCGCGUCCAUCUGGGAAGCCGAGCUGCGGCCCCCCCGCCGGGUUUCGUCCGAACCCGGUUCCGCUAACCCGUCUAACCCGGGCACUCCCUCUCCUUGGCGGCGGGCCCAGUACAACUCCUUCACCCGCCCACGGUUGCAACUGCUCCCCUCCAACAGCACCGGCGCCGAACUUCCGUUCUCGCCCACGUUCCGGACGGAGUCGCCGCUUGGACGGACGUCCGAAUCAGGUCCAAACGGGCCGCCAACGUUUCCUUCUGAGCCUUUGGUCGAGAGCCGGGAGUUAGUUUGGUCGGCGGAGGGGGCUUUGGUAGAAACAGACCGCCCGGCAUGUGCGAACGAGAUCGGGAUGGUGGCCUGGAGAAUGAAGCUGCGCACGCCCGAGUGUGCCGAGGGGCGGGAGAUGGUCGUGGUCGCGAAUGACUGCACGGUUGGUGCGGGGUCGUUCGGGCCGAAAGAGGACGCCUUUUUCCGUGAUGUCACCGAGCUCGCGGCGCGGGCGGGGCUGCCGCUCAUCUACCUGGCCGCUAAUUCCGGGGCGCGCAUCGGCGUCGCAAAAGAGGUGCAAGCCGCGUUCAAAGUGGGCUGGCUCGACGACGGACGUCCGAACGAGGGCUUCCAAUACCUGUACCUUUCGGACGCCGACUGCGCGAAAGUGGGGAGCUCCGUCUUUGCGGAGAAGGUUGAGCUUCCGUCCGGCGAGGUCCGACACGUGCUCACCGGAAUCGUGGGCCGGGAGGACGGAUUGGGCGUCGAGAACCUGUCGGGCUCCGGGCUUAUCGCGGGCGCUUAUGCACGCGCUUACCAGGAGACGUUUACGCUGACGUACGUCACGGGGCGGACCGUUGGGAUCGGUGCGUACCUGGCGCGGCUGGGGCAGCGGUGUAUCCAGCGGCUGGACCAACCGAUCAUCCUUACAGGUUUCUCCGCCCUCAACAAGCUGCUGGGCCGGGAAGUCUACACGUCGCACAUGCAACUGGGCGGCCCCCACAUCAUGGCCAACAACGGAGUCGUCCACCGGACCGUUUCGGACGACCUCGAGGGGUGUACGGAGAUCCUCCGCUGGCUCGGGUACGUACCGGAACGUGUCGGUACGGACCCCCCGGUCCGCUUCUGGAACACUGACCCAGUCGAAAGACCGGUUGGCUACGUCCCCGAGCAAAUGUGCGAUCCCCGCGCGGCAAUCCAAGGAACGCUCCAUCCGACGGCCGAGGACGCGGCGACUUCUCAUCCGACGGCGGAUGGAAUCGCGAGCUUUGAUCCGACGGCGGAGAAUUGGCUGGGGGGCAUUUUUGACCGGGGGUCGUUUACUGAGGCGUUGGCGGGUUGGGCGAGAACCGUGGUUACGGGGAGGGCGCGGUUAGGGGGGAUUCCGGUUGGGGUUAUCGCGGUGCAAACCCAGGCGGUUAUGUGCUACAUCCCAGCGGACCCCGGACAGCCGGACAGCGCGGAAAGGGCGGUGCCUCAGGCUGGACAGGUAUGGUUUCCGGACAGCGCGGCGAAGACGGCGCAGGCGCUGUUGGACUUCAAGCGGGAGGGCCUCCCGCUGUUCAUCCUGGCCAACUGGCGGGGUUUCUCUGGGGGCCAGAGAGAUCUCUUCGAGGGGGUUCUGCAGGCGGGCUCGUGCAUCGUGGAGAACCUGCGCACGUACACGUCCCCCGUCUUCGUCUACGUCCCCAAAACCGGGGAGCUCCGCGGCGGCGCUUGGGUUGUGGUCGACAGCCAGAUCAAUGCGGACAUGGUCGAAAUGUACGCGGAUCCUUCCGCCCGAGGAAAUGUCCUGGAGCCCGAAGGACUAGUGGAGAUCAAAUACCGAAGUGCCCAGUUGGUGGAAACCAUGCACCGGUUGGAUGCCGGACUGGCGGCGCUGGACCGGCAACUAGAGGAGGAGAGGAAACGGCCGCAGCCGCUGCCGGGGCGGGUCAAGGAGCUGCAGGACAAGAUCAGGGACCGCGAGCGGCUGCUGCGGCCGGUGUACCAGCAGGUGGCGCUGCGCUUCGCGGACCUGCACGACACCCCGCAGCGGAUGGCCGCCAAGGGCGUCAUCGCCGGCAUCGUGCCCUGGGAGCGCUCGCGCGCGCUCUUCUACAAGCGGCUCCGCAGGAGGCUCGUGGAGGAGUCCCUGCUGAAGCGCAUUGUCGCAGCGAGCGGGCGGCGGCUAUCCCGGCCAGAGGCAAAGGCGCUUCUUCGCCAAUGGCACGUUCAGUGUCCCGGUCCGGCUGUGACAGAUUCCCCGGGCGAUAUCCGGGCGCUUCCCAGGACCCACCGUGACCCCGGGAGCACCCGGGAAGAUCAACCGGGUAGCUUAAACCCGAGCGAGGGCGACCAAGAAGCCGUAGACGCCCGGCAAGGGUCGCCCGUAACCACUGAAGAGUCGCCGACCGCCCAUCGGAACAGGCUUGGGACACAUCAAGACGGUUCAUCUGCGUCGGAACCAACAGCGGAACCCAACGGGCAUCUUUCGGACGAGCGCUCGGAUUCUCAAGUAGGUCCUAGCAUGGCAAAACGGGAAGGGUUUUGGGCGGAUGAUGAUGCUGUGGUGACGUGGUGUGAGGACAACCGAGGGUGGAUCGACGCCCGGUUGAAGGACCUGGAGACGGAUCGGGUGGCCCGGAGCGUCGUAGAGUUGGUCCAGGGAGACGAGGGGCAGGCGGGGCUUCUGAAAGGCCUGCAAGCGCUGUUUGAAAAGCAGGAACCGGCCGAACGAGGCGCGUUCAUUGAGACCCUUCGUCAAAUAGUUGGAAAGUAGGAGUGCGUGUGUACUUUGUAGGGAACGGGUUGUACUUGUACAAACAGGCACGAAGUCACGGGCCGCUAUGGCAGUCCGAUGCACAGACCGGCUACCCGCAUGUACUUGAGUAGUGCGCACUGCAGCCUUUCGCCAGCCUGCCAGCCAUUGACCGCAAGGAGUGUACAUUUGACAUUGUGUAAGCAUUUCAGAGCUCGAUGUUCGAGUCGACCUCCUUCUUACCUGCGGCAACAAUAUAUUCAGUUCUUGAACCCA